UGAUCUUAGACGUGCGCGGCGCGGGUCGUGGGUGUCUCGGGGCGGCCGGUGCCGGCCUCGGACGCUGCACCUUGCCCCUCCUGCCCCGAGCAGGGUGCCGAGAGCCCUGCCCGACCCCCGAAUCUCUAGCCAUGGCUUCUCUGCUCGCCAAGGACGCCUACCUGCAGAGACUGGCCAGGAAAAUCUGCUCCCAGCCCAGCCCGGAGCCGCAGAAGCGCAAGUCGGCUGGCAAAACUCGAGGCUCAGAAGCUGCUGGGACCCCAAAAAAGAAGAGGAAGAAAGCACAGAGGAAACCCCGGGCAUCGGAGGAGGCGGCUUCAGAGCUUAAGGCCCAGGCCCUGGGGGCGAAGUCUCCGGCAGCCUCUGGGGCCAGGAAGCCAGUGACAGCCAAGGAGGAGGAGGCCUCCAGCUCUGCAGGGGCCCUUGCAGAUGGUUCAGGCACAGAGCCUGACUCUUUCUUUGCCCUGGACGUUCUGCGGCAGCGGCUGCACGAGAAGAUCCAGGAGGCCCGGGGCCAGGGCAGCACCAAGGAGCUGUCCCCCGCCACUUUAGAGAAAAGACGGAGGAGAAAGCAGGAGCGGGACCGGAGGAAGAGGAAGCGAGAGGAGCUGAGGGCAAAGGAGAAGGCGGCCGAGACCGAGGAGGCCGCAGAGGCUGCCCAGCCGCCCCCUGAGGCCCCCGGCGAGGAGGCACAGGGGCAAACGGGGCUGCUCUUCAACAAGGUGGAGGUGAGCGAGGACGAGCCGGCCAGCAAGGCGCAGCGCAGGAAGGAGAAGAGGCAGAAGCUGAAGGGGAACCUGACGCCGCUGACGGGGAGGAACUACCGGCAGCUGCUGGAGCGCGUGCGCGCGCGGCAGGACCGGCUGGAGGAGCUGCGGGGCCGGGACGAGGGCCAGGCCCGCGAGCUCGAGGCCAAGAUGCGGUGGACCAACCUGCUGUACAAGGCCGAGGGCGUGCGCAUCCGCGACGACGAGCGCCUGCUGCAGGAGGCCCUGAAGCGCAAGGAGCAGCGGCGGGCGCAGCGGCAGCGCGGCUGGGAGAAGCGCACGGCGCACGUGGUGGAGAAGAUGCAGCGGCGGCAGGACCGGCGGCGGCAGAACCUGCGCAGGAAGAAGGCGGCCAAGGCUGAGCGGCGCCUGGAGAAGGCCCGCAGGAAGGGCCGCAUUCUCCCGCAGGACCUGGAGCGCGCAGGCCUGGCCUGAGCGCCUGCAGCCGGGCCCAGACCACGUCCCCGCCCCGGGGCCGCACCUCCUUCUGGGCUCGAGGAGGACCUCCAUGUCGAGUGACGCUGGCGAACCCCUAGUCCACGCAGACUCGGCUCCUCCUUGCUAAGUGGAUGCUCGCCUUACAGGCUUGGCCUGAGGCUCUGGGUGGAUGUGCGAAAGAGAACGUCAAGGAUUGGGGCCCAGAUCCUUCAGACCUGGGGAAGGGUGAGCCGAACCCAGCUCCAGCCUCCUUCUGUGCGGCUGGAAAGCUCCCUGAGAGCUUACAGGGUGAGGGGCGAGGGAGCAGUGUGGAAAGCCUUGGGGUUUGGGGGCUCUUCAUUGGCCCCUUCCUGCCGCCCACCCGCCCACCGUGUUCACCGGGGCAGGAAGGGAAUGGCCUUUGUGACUGCCGGUGUCAGCCCAGACCUCAUCCGGAAGGGACGAAAAUCCAACUCCCAUAGUCCAGGCUGAAGGUGGAAUUGACGGGCUCCGGUACCGGGGAGGGUGGGGCCAACCUCAGAGGGGCUGGAAUUGAAUUCUUCCGAGUGUGUUUGUAAGAAGGGUGAACACUGGAAUUUAAGUUAAACAUGCACAUUAAAAAUUCUAGCGUCAUGAUGAAAAGGUAGAAACAGUGUAAACUAAACUGGGAGGAAGGAAAAAAUGGAAUGGGGUGGGAGGACACCAAGCUCGAAGGCGGCCAGAGAGAGGGAAAGAAGAACACCUGAAACUCAGCCAGGUGAGUGGAAGAGAAUGAGAGAUGGUGGAAUUAAAUCCAAAUUG